AUGGAAGAAGAAAUGUACUCUUCAUGGGCACUCCUCAUCCUCACUACACUACUCAUCGGUGCUUUAUGGACUAGCUAUUUCUUACAGCUGAAAAAAAUACGUGCGGUUCAUGAAACUGUUUUGUCUAUUAUGGCAGGAAUGAUGGUGGGGCUUAUUAUAAAACUUGCUCCGGGCACUAUUAUCCAAGAUAUGGUUAAGUUUAAGCAUGGAUUUUUCUUCAAUUUAUUAUUACCGCCAAUUAUCCUCAAUUCCGGGUAUGAGUUGAAAAGGCGCAACUUCUUUUUGAAUUUUGGUACUAUUUUGACUUUUGCAAUGGCCGGUACUUUUAUUGCAGCUGUGGUUACUGGUAUUCUUACAUUUCUGUACACACUUUUGAGACCUGAAGGUGUUAGCAUAUCAUUCCUUGACAGUAUGAUAUUCGGUUCCAUCUUAUCGGCAACGGAUCCAGUUACUAUACUAGCCAUUUUCAAUCAAUUACAAGUCGAUCCACAACUUUAUUCUAUCAUUUCAGGCGAGUCUUUGUUAAAUGAUGCCGUAGCUAUUGUGUUAUCAGAGUACUGUGAAAAGCAAAUGCUUAAAAUUACAUUACGUGAAUUUCGUGGGCAAGAGUUACAUCUCGCUAAUAUAUUUAGGGGCAUUGGUCUUUUCAUGGGUGUAUUCUGGGCUUCGACCUUUAUUGGCGUCUUUUUUGGUGUGGUCGUUGCCAUCUUGCUCAAAUACUCUCAAUUGAGUCGAUUUCCAAGCAUUGAAGCGUGUAUUGUCUUGCUCAUGGCUUACAGCAGCUACUUCUUUUCUAAUGGCACCCACAUGUCAGGAAUUGUCACUUUACUCUUCACUGGUAUUACUCUCAAACAUUAUGCGUAUGACAAUCUUUCCAUGAAAAGCAAACGUACCACUAAAUCCAUGUUUCAGAUCUUAUCCCAACUUUCCGAGAAUUUUAUCUUUAUCUAUUUGGGCGUAAAUCUGUUUGCUCAAGAUAACUUGGAAUAUAAACCAUUUUUCAUUCUCGCGACCUUUGCUUUCAUUUGCAUUGCGAGAUAUGCCUCGGUGGCGCCGUUAUCGUUAUUGAUCAAUGCGGUGAGUAAAGCGGUCGGGAAGCCUGAGCAGCAGCUAUCGCGCAAUCAUCAAGCUAUGCUAUUUUGGGCAGGGUUACGCGGGGCAGUCGCUUUUGCACUGGCUUCAGGUAUUACAGGUGAAAGCGCACCAGCUAUGCGAACGACGAUUUUGGCUGUGGUUGUAUUGACAGUGUUGAUCUUUGGCGGUACCACAAGUCGGAUGCUUCAGUUAUUAGAUAUUAAAACAGGUGUGAUUGAGCCGAGUGAAUCAGAUGGUAGUGAUCUGGAUUUCGAAGAUGAUGUUGAAUACGGUAUCAACCAUUCUAGAAAGUAUAUAAGACUUGAAACGGAUGAUGAUGAAAACAGCAAUCAACGACAAUUUGGGUUCUAUAAUAAUAAUGGAAGAAGAACGCGAUCUAGAACGUAUCCUAAUCAUGACGGCAACGCCAGAAGCAGCAGCAGUAAUCGUAAUAAGGGUAACUCCACUAGUAAUGGUACUGAUGUCUCUAUUGGAGGUCUAUUGUCAGGUCCAUUAGGCGAACCUAUACCACAAGAUCGUCCACCUCAUUGGUUCGUGUCGUUUGAUGAAAAAUGGUUAAAACCUGUUUUGACCAAAAAGAAUAUACAGCAAAGAAACCAGACGUUGGCAGAUUAUUGGAGAGAGAAAAGGAGUAGAAUGGAACGUGAUAAUAGAAAUAUGUUGGAUGACAUAAGGCGUAUGAAUUUCAAUGAAUGUGAGGAAGACGAUAAUGACGAGGUGACUAUGAACAAUAGCAGGAGAAGGUUUAGUAAAAGCAACGACAAUGAGGAUGAUACAGCAGACGCCGUCACGUUGAAUUCUGUCAAGACAGAAAAUAGAUUGUACCGUACUAAUUCUGCGUCGUCAACCUCAGCAGGAAGAGAAUUCCCUUCUAAUGGCCUACCAAGACCAAAUCUUUCGCGUAACGUCGACACUGCUGGAGGUAGUAACAGUAGGAUGAUUGUGGGCUCAGGAAGGGUAUUCGGCAGAUCACCCACCAAAGACUCUGAUGAAGAAUAA